AUCCUGGAAGAGAAUCAACAGGUGGCGGCAGGAACGUCUUUGAAACAACGAGGCCACAACAUCUUGUUAGCUGUCAGCUGUUCAACCGAUCCCAAGUAGUCACAACACCGGUGCAGCUGUUGUCAUAGUAACGGAAUUAUUGUUUGAAUUUUUGUGGAUGGAAUUUCCAGGGUAAUCAUCGAAAUUAACGAAAUGUCUGGAGAUGUUGGUGAUCGAUUAAUUUUCGAGGCCGAGUGGUUCGACACUGUUGCAGGAUUCACCAAGAGAUUUUAUUUGUACUAUUAUCCAGCUGACAACACUAUAGAACUAUUCGACAUAAGGAGCAGGAAGACCUUCCUCAGGAGGACAAAAUGUGAGGGUGUCGGACUCAAGGAUUUGUACGUGGGAACUGUUGUCACUAUUUUCUCAAGGCCAAUGAAGAUCACUGAUGUAGCUGACAGCUUCACCAAGAGCAAACUAGGAGUGACCAUUCAGAAAACCUUUGCACUUCUUAAGCCAGACGUGAUUUGUAAAAUGGGAGAAAUAUUAAAAAUUAUCACAGCUCAUGAUCUCCACAUUGCUGACAUUAAAAUGGUCAAAUUGACAGAAUAUGAUGUUGAGAAACUGUACAAGAACGACGAGCAUUUUGACUCGAUCAAAUCGUACUUAACAUCCGGCCCAGUGGUUUUACUGACGUUGUUGGGAAAUAACGCAGUCGCACGCUGGAGAGAAUUAAUAGGCCCUACGGACAGUAUAAAAGCACGAGGAGAUGCCUCAAAUUCCCUGAGAGCUUUGUACGGAAAAGACGCGAUUUUCAAUGGAUUUUACGGGUCCUCGAGCCCUGAACAAGCAGAAAAGGAGGUGGAGAUGUUUUUUACCAGCGCUAAAUCAGAAAAGUGUCCUUUGAAAAAUACAGCAACAAUGCGUAACUGUACAUGCUGUAUUAUUAAACCCCACGCCGUGCAGGGACGACUGACCGGAGAUAUUGUCUGCGAUAUACAGAAGGCUGGCUUCACAAUAUCAGCCAUUCAGAGAUUUCACGUUGAUCCUAUCAAUGCUGAGGAAUUUUUGGAGAUUUACAAAGGGGUUCUGAGUGAUCAUGGCGCAAUGGUGGCUGAACUUCAAUCAGGCCCCUGCAUAUCAAUGGAGAUAACUCACAAAGAUGAGAAUGUCAAUGUUCCCCUGGAAUUUAGAAAAAUCUGUGGACCGAUAGACCCCGACAUUGGUCGACAAGUGCGACCGAAUACUCUUCGUGCAAAGUAUGGAAAAUCCAAGGUUCAAAAUGCCGUCCACUGCUCGGACUUACCGGACGAUGGACUCCUUGAGGUCGAGUAUUUCUUCAAAAUUCUGGAUGAUGGAAGCAGCUGAAAUUAUCUCAAGCCGUAGAAAUAUCAUUGUAUCCAUAAAUUCCUAAUCAAGAAACGCUCAUUUUUUUGGUAACAGCAAUUUCUUAUUCUUUGUUAAAUCUGGACGAGUCGAAUUCCAGAGCAUCGUGUGUCCGAUAACAUUUCGACAUUUAAAAUUAAAAGUUUAGAGUGACAUAAA